AUGGUAUAUUAUAUUCAGCGCUUUCAGGGUGCGUCUUCUGCCUUGGUGGUGAAAUGGGCCGACACGGAGAAAGAAAGGCAAGCUCGAAAGAUGCAAAAGUCUCAAACGCUAUCUCCUGCAACGAACGGUGCUUUGGCCGCUCCUUUGCCAGGCCAGCAACCUGCGUCUGCGUCAUUCGGACCACUUCCAUUGGCGACACCUCAGUUUAAUGGAUUUGCGUAUCAGGCUUCAACAUACGGGAUUGUUCCUUACCCAGCCUCUAGCCUUCAGAACCAGCCACUAAUCUCUGGAAUGACAACAGGAACCACUCAACCUCUACCAGGAACACUCUCCGACAUAGGAUCGGGGGUUUUGACUCCUGUUCAGCCUGCUGGAUAUGUAAACAGUGCUUUCUCCAACGUUGCUGGACGACAAUAUCCAUUAGCAUAUCAAGGAGCUUUGCUGGGACAAGCAUAUGCGGGUGCCACUACUACAGCCGUUGUCGGCUAUAACUCCACUCCAGUCGCUCCAAAAGCUAAAGCCAGCAUUACUCCUCAAGCUGAAGGUCCACCGGGGGCAAAUCUGUUUAUCUACCACAUUCCUGCCGAGUUUGGUGAUUCAGAACUCUCCACAGCAUUUGCGUCUUUUGGAAACGUUAUCAGCGCCAAAGUAUUUGUCGACAAAACGACCGGAAUCAGCAAGUGUUUUGGUAAUGAGCCUUGCUCUUCGCUGCGAUGUUUACUAAAUCCUCCCUGUGCGUCCUUUGUAGGAUUCGUCAGCUAUGACUCGCCAGAGGCUGCUCAAUCAGCCAUCAAUGUCAUGAACGGGUUUCAAUUAAGUGGAAAGCGGCUGAAAGUUCAGCUCAAGCGAGACAACAAACCAAACAAGCCAUAUUGA